GGGGAAUCCCGUGUACGAUUGGGACCCGGGUCAACCCGGACCCGUUUUAUAGAGGAAGCCACAACGGCGGCGAUGCGGCUACUCUCCGGCGUCCCCGCCUCCCGCCUCACCUCCCCGCGCAUCUCCUUCGCCCGCUCGAGCCGUAGAAGCAUGGGGGCGAACGGCCCCGCAAGCAGCACCGCCGCCUCGUCAUCCUCUUCCUCGGCCACUGCCGGCGCCGGCGCCGGCGCGGCCCAGAAGCCGUGGCUGUUCGUCGGGCUCGGGAACCCCGGCAGGAUGUACAAGGGGACCCGCCACAACGUUGGGUUUGAGAUGAUUGAUGCUAUUGCAGAAGCUGAGGGGAUAUCUGUCAGCACUAAGCAGUUCAAAUCGAUGGUUGGGAAAGGCCUCAUUGGUGAUGUCCCUGUAAUGCUUGCCAAGCCGCAGACUUUUAUGAAUGCAAGUGGUGAGUCUGUUGGCCAGCUGGUUUCAUAUUUCAAGAUACCACUUAAUCAAGUCGUUCUGAUCUACGAUGAUCUAGACUUACCCUUUGCAAAACUACGUCUACUGCCAAAGGGGGGACAUGGUGGGCACAAUGGGAUGAGAAGUGUCAUUCACCAUCUGAAACAAAGCCGUGAUUUCCCGCGGCUAAGAGUUGGCAUUGGACGGCCAACUGGAAUGAUGGGAGCCAUCGGUUUUGUUCUACGUGCAUUCAGCAAGGAAGAACAAGAAGAGCUUGAUUCCACGUUUCUGAGGGGCUUGCAAGCGGUGCGGAUAAUGUUGCUGGAAGGGUUCAACAAGAGUGCGACCUUUGUGAACACUCCAGCUCCACAGCCACGUGAAAACGUUGAAGAGAUGAAAAUAACCUGACCUUAAACAACGCUGAGAUGCACACUGUGAAGUGUAAAUUAGUUUGUUCAGGUUAAGAGUCACUCAGGUAGCUGCAGAAACUAGAAAGCACAGAGGACCAUUGUCCUUUGAGCAUACGUAUCCUGAAUUCCAGAUUCAUUUUGAGCAUAUGUAUCCUGAAUUCCAGAUUCAUUUGUAGAGGCGUCCAAUGGAGCGCACACCAGAGCUUGUAAAAUUGCAGUUGUACGACGUUUUCGGUCUCCAGCGUGAAGCAUUUAUUUGUUCUAGUGUUUAUAUCAGCAGAUUUUGUUCCAA